GAAAUAUGUUUUUUUAUUCUUAUUCUUUUUUAUUUAAUUUGUUUCUUGUGCUCCAUUUUUAUAUACAGUGUCGUUAACACUGUGCUUAAUAUUCUGUUUCUUGAUAUGGCAUAAUUGCUAAUCAAGAAUAUUUAAUUUGUUCAUCAAUACCAAGUUGAAUUUAUUAAAAAAUAAAGUUUUGGACUUUAUCCGACCCCCAAUAUAACACAACUUUCUUCCUUGCUUUUUCAGAUCAGUAAUAACCUUGUUUCAGAGGCUCUGAGUGAUAAAAGGAAAUUCCCCCUUUUCCAUCAGAUGCUCCCCAAAGAAGGAUUCCACUACCCAGCAAUUGUCCAGCUGCUCCUCCGUUUCAGAUGGAUCCUGAUUGGCCUCUUUGCUUCAGACACAGAGAAGGGAGAGAAUUUCAUGAGGAUUUUCCCUCCUAUGCUUGUCAGGAGUGGAAUUUGUGUGGUUAUAUCACAACUGUUCUCAACAACUGGAUACACAACAGCCCUCAGGGAUUCCCUCUCUAAGUGGAGACAAGUCAACGUCUUUGUUCACUUCAUAGAAAAUGUUCCCAUUAAGGACAGAAUUCUUCCUUUCCAUUUAACACUUAUGCGUCUGCCAGGACCCAUUGAAGGGAAAGUCUGGAUCUAUACAGCUUUGGGAAGAUUAACAUUGGAAAAGCACAGACUUUACAAAUACAUCCAUAGUAUUUGGGUCUUUGAUUAUCUGCCAAAAGAAAGGCCAAUGGAUGAUGCCUUUGAAUACAAUUUCUUUGUGGAAGAAAAGUUUCAAGAUUAUUAUUUUCUCUGUUCUGUUUCAAAGAACGUCUUUUCUGUCAAAGGCCGCAGAAGAUGCACCCAGAAAGCCCCACUGGAGACCCAAGAGAAAAGGAAUAGAAGAGAGAUCCCAAAUGAUUACCUUUUCUACAGUAUGAUUCAGACUCUGGCCCAGGCCUUGAACGCUGCCUAUUCCUCCAGAUGGAGGAGGGGAAGGAAGGAGGGCGAAGGGAGGUUGGGGGCUCCAAGGCUGCAGCCGUGGCAGUCCCUGCCUCAGUCCAAAUGUGUGGAAAGUUGUCAUCCUGGAUUUGUCAAGAGGGCUCGAGAAGGAGAGCCAGUUUGCUGCUAUGAUUGUGUUCCUUGUCCGGAGGGGACCAUCUCCACUCAGGAAGAUACAGAAAAAUGCACCAAGUGCCCAGAUGAUAAAUACCCAAAUGAGGCCAGAGUCCAAUGUAUCCCCAAAGUUGUAACCUUCCUGUCUUAUGAAGAACAUCUGGGCAUCAUCCUGGUCUCUUUUGCCCUACUCUUCUUCCUAACCACAGGCCUUGUUUUAAUCAUCUUCAUUAAGUAUCUAGAAACUCCCCUUGUCAAAGCCAACAACCGGGACCUCUCCUACAUCCUCCUGGUCUCCCUCCUGCUUUGUUUCUUGUCUCCUUCUCUCUUCAUUGGUCAACCAAGGAAAGCCACCUGCCUUCUCCGACAGAUGGUCUUCAGCAUCAUCUUCUCAGUUGCCGUUUCUUCUCUCUUGGCCAAAACCAUCACGGUGGUGCUGGCCUUCCUGGCCACAAAACCAGGAAACCGAGUGAAGAGAUGGUUGGGGAAGAAAACUGGUGUCAGGAGUGGGAUUCACCAUCUUCCAUCUGCCACCAGGGACAACAGAUGGGGCAGCCCUAUAGGCUGGGCCUGGAGAGGAAAGCCUGGAUUCCCUGGCUCUCUAACGCCAGACUCCAGAUACAAGGGACAACGUUUCAAUUUGGACUGCACCCCCAAACAAGGGGAACAACCUGUGGCUUCCCAGCUCUCCAGACAACUGACAGCUGUCCGUUCGGAUGGACGAGCUCUGGUUGACGCGAUUCAGGGCUUCCUUGUAAGAGCCCUUUAA